AUGGAACUUGUAAUUAGUUAUAAAAUAGAAAUAAAACGAGGCAAUUAUGACUUACAGUUUCAUUCAUUUUCAGCAUUUUCACCUCUUUUUAUAGCUACUGGUAGAAGUAAAUAUGCACAAUCAACAACACAUUUUUUAGCUCAAGUUUCUGAAGAUCCUUUUUUACAAAGAUUGCUUCAUUAUGCAUGCUUAGUAAAUCUAACUUAUCUAGGCCAUUAUUUAGCUCUUGAUGAAGCCAUAGAAGUUUAUAGAGUAAAAUGUGUUAAGCAAAAUAUAAAACCAAAUAUAAUGAAUAAUGAAAAACUUAAAUUACAAAUAUUAUCUGUUCAACCUGAAAUAGAUAGAGUAAAAAUACUUAUAUCUGAUUAUAUGGAAGAUAUAAUU